GAUUGAGUCCGUGCUGCUGCACAUGCCCCAGCCUGUGAAUCCAGAGCUCAGUGCAGAGCCCAUCACUGGACUGAGGGUCAGGCUCAACCAAUUCCGAGUGAAUAUUACUCUGCAUCCUGAAAGAGCCAAUAGUCAUAUCUUCCUGCAUGGAGAUUUGAAAAGCAUGAAUGUUGGAUGUGAACCUCAAGAGAAUCCCCAUAUCACUGCAACACCUGGAUGUUUUCUUGCAUGGGGUGCUCAGAUUUUCACCGCUGGCAAAUAUUACUGGGAGGUUCAGGUAGGGAACUCUUGGAACUGGGCUUUUGGUGUCUGCAAUGAUUAUUGGAAAGAGAAUUGUUGGAAUGACAAAAGAGAUGAAGAGGAUGGACUCUUUCUUCUUGGAUGUGUUAAAGACAGUCACUGCGCUCUCUUUACCACCUCCCCACUUAUGUUUCAAUAUGUACCAAGACCUACUAGCCGACUAGGAAUAUUUCUGGAUUAUGAAGGUAGAACUGUGAGCUUUGUUAACGUUGAUCAAAGUUCCCUUAUACAUACCAUCUCUAAUUGCUCCUUCUCACCUUAUAUCUGGCCUAUCUUUUGCUGUAGCCACGUUUGA